AUGGACAUCUUGAAACUGUCAGAUUUUAUUGGAAAUACUUUAAUAGUUUCCCUUACAGAAGAUCGUAUUUUAGUUGGAAGCUUGGUUGCUGUAGAUGCCCAAAUGAAUUUGCUAUUAGAUCAUGUUGAGGAACGUAUGGGCUCCAGUAGUAGAAUGAUGGGCCUAGUCAGCGUCCCUAGGCGUUCCGUUAAGACCAUAAUGAUUGAUAAGCCUGUUCUGCAGGAGCUUACUGCGAAUAAAGUUGAAUUGAUGGCUAAUAUUGUUUAG